UGAGCACUUCCCAGUGGAGCCCGAGUCCGAAUUUAAGUUAUAUCUAGUUUAAUGCCGGUGAAAUUAAAAGAUGACUCCACCUUUUCUCGAGUAUAAAAGCGAUGGACGUGACAAACCAAGGCAUCAGUUUCUUGUUUUACUUUCUUCGUACACAUAACGAUAUGAGAUUUCUAGGCGCCGCUCCGAUUUUGGUGUUGCUCCUGGGCAGUUCCUAUGCAGGAUUUGCAGGAAGUUACAGCAACGUAAAUUCCGGCCAACAGGAAGCAGGACAAGGUCACGAGCAACAGCAGGCACAACAACAGCAAGAAUGGCAGGAACAACAACAGCAACAAUGGCAACCACUGACUCAGGAACAAGAAUCCCAUCAAGAGUACCUGCAAAAGCAGGGACAAGAAUUCCAACACGGCAUUCAGGAAUCCCUUCAACAUGCUCACGGUUUGUUCCAAGAAGCUUCCAACUACGGACAGCAAGGUCAGGGACAAGGUCACCAAUUUCAAGGAUACGGUCAAGGAGAAAAACAACAGGAAUUCCAAGGACACGAUUUCGAGAGCAAGCACGUAGAAGAGCAUGUAAACAUCCCCACAACAACCGUCGAACGCACCAAACCCUACCCAGUCGAGGUUAUUAAGAAAUACGGCGUGCCUGUACCACACGCGGUUGGUAUCCCUGUUCCACAAGUAAUCAAGGUACCCGUCCCACAACCCUACGCAGUGCACAUCCCUGUGCCACAACCAAUCGCGGUGCCAAUCUACAAGCUCGUCCCUCAAGAAAUCGAGAAAAAAGUCCCCAUCGAAGUCGAGAAAAUCGUUAGGGUUGAAGUAGAAAAACCAUACAAAGUAGAGAUCGAGAAGCAUCACAUUAAAUACGUGGAAAAACCUUACCCAGUUCACGUUCCUGUCUACAAACACGUGUACCAUCACGUUCCAAAACAUCACGGUCACGGUUGGAACUGAGCGCUUAAUUUUUAGAUCGUUUUAUUUAUUUGACUGAUGAUUGUUAUUUUGUUACUUAUUUUUUAUUAGCUGUUAAUUCAUCUGAUUGCAUUGUUAUUUUUUUGUAAUAA